AUGGGAGGUGGAGUACAAAGACGGAGAUGGAUGUAUUUGUGGAUUGCCCCUUUGUUGCUUUGCUUCACGGACCAGGCUUCGGCCCAGAUAAGGUACUCUGUUCCAGAGGAGGUGAAAGAGGGAACCAUUGUAGGAAAUCUCGCGAAGGAUUUAGGACUUGAUGUAAAUUCUUUGGUGAACAGACGGCUCCGUAUCGUUUCCGGAUCCAAACAAGCACUUUUUCAAGCUAAUCAGGACAAUGGUAUCCUGUACGUUCAAAGAAAAAUCGACAGGGAGGAGGUAUGUGAGGACACUAGCGCCUGCUUGGUAAAUGUCAAGAUUGCUGUUGAAAAUCCUUUAGAAAUCCACCAUGUUGUUGUGGAAAUAACAGAUAUUAACGACAAUGUUCCCAGUUUUUCUCAAACGCAUCAGCAUUUUGAGAUAGCUGAGCAUACCCCUGUCGGAACAAGCUUUCAGCUGCACGCAGCACGUGACCAGGACAGAGCACCAAAUUCAGUUCGCAAUUAUAAGUUAAGUCAGAAUGCUAACUUUGAAAUCAACACCAAAAACAGCGAUGAGGAUAAAAUUCCAUUCUUAGUAAUACGGAAGCCACUUGAUCGUGAACAAACAGAGGAGUAUCAGUUAAUUGUUACAGCGGAAGAUGGGGGAAAUCCCCCGAAAACAGGUACUCUGAACGUUAACAUUAAAGUACUUGACACAAAUGAUAAUCGUCCUGUGUUCAGUCAAAACGAAUAUUCGGUAGCAUUACAGGAAAAUUCUCCAGUUGGCACCGUUGUGAUUACAGUAAAUGCAACUGACAGUGACCAGGGCUCCAAUGGUAAUAUUGAAUACGCAUUCGUCAAAACAAUGAAGCGCAAAAUCUAUGACGUUUUUCAGUUAGAUAGUAUUACAGGAGAAAUACGAGUUAAAGGUGAAGUUGACUUUGAGGACAUGGAAGUUUAUAAGUUAGAUAUACAGGCUUCGGAUAAAGGACAGCCUCCUCUCACAGUAGAGAGCAGAGUAAUAAUUAAGAUUUUAGAUAUGAAUGAUAAUAAACCAGAGAUCGAGGUGACGUCUCUUUCAAAUGUUGUUGCUGAAGACUCCAGUUCAGGCACAAUUAUUUCUUUCAUCAGCGUCUCUGACAAAGACUCCGGACUUAACGGAAAGGUCGUCUGCACUCUAACAGAUAAUGUUCCUUUUGAACUCAAACCAUCUAUUCAGGAUAACAUGUACUCAUUAAUAACAAAUCAAAUCUUAGAUCGUGAAACGGUAGCAAGUUAUGACAUUACUAUAACAGCUACGGAUUUAGGCCAGCCUCCGUUAUCCACUAUUAAAACUUUACUCGUGCUGGUAUCAGAUGUAAACGACAACAAACCGCAGUUUCAUCAAAAUUCUCUUGAACUGUACUUGCUGGAAAAUAAUACCCCUGGGGCAUCGAUUUUUCAACUUAGCGCUUUUGACGACGACUCUGAUGAAAACGCGGGGCUAUCAUAUCACAUGAUCAGAAAUGGUGGAGCACAAAAUGAUAUGACGUCAUUCCUAAGUAUCAAUUCUGAAACUGGAGUUAUUCACGCGCUCAAAAGUUUUGAUUUUGAAACAACCAAAACGUUCCAGUUCCACGUGCUCGCUACAGAUUCUGGAACUCCGUCACUAAGCAGCAACGUCACAGUGAACGUGUUCAUUCUGGAUCAGAACGACAACGUUCCAGUGAUCUUAUAUCCAGUCAGUGCUAACGGUUCUGCUGAAGGUGUGGAGGAGAUUCCCCGCAAUGCCAACGCAGGACAUUUGGUGACUAAAGUGAGAGCCUAUGACGCGGAUAUAGGAUACAACGGCUGGUUAUUAUUUUCACUGCAGGAAGUGAGUGACCACAGUCUCUUUGGUUUGGACCGCUAUACAGGACAGAUAAGGACCCUUCGCUCAUUCACAGAAACAGAUGAGGCUGAACAUAAACUGGUCAUACUGGUCAAAGACAACGGAAACGUUUCACUUUCAGCAUCAGCGACUGUGAUCAUUAAACUUGUGGAGCCCAAAGAGGCUUUUGCAGCUUCUGAUGUUAAAAACACAGUAAAGGAAGAGGAAGAAACUAACGUUACAUUUUAUUUGAUCAUUACAUUGGGCUCGGUUUCGUUUCUUUUUAUUGUCAGUAUCAUCGUGCUGAUUGUAAUGCAGUGCUCCAAAUCGACAGACUAUUCCUCCAAAUAUUUACAAGACACAAAUUACGACGGCACACUGUGUCACAGCAUCCAGUACAGAUCCGGAGAUAAACGCUACAUGUUAGUUGGACCCAGAACGAGUAUCGGUUCUACUCUCGUUCCAGGCAGUAAUGGGAAUACACUAGUGAUACCAGAUCGCAGGAGGAGAACUUCUGGUGAGGUAUGUCUGUUAACUUUAAUGUAA